AUGGUUGACCCAAGUCAAAGCAACCCGGGCCCGAGCCCGGACACAUCGGGAACAGAGCCACGCCGGUCAGGCUCUGUCAAGAAAGCGCGUGAGAUGCUGGAAGCUGGAGUACGCCCAACAAGAACAGCACCGCCAAUGCCCAGACCACCGCCACCUCCCCCACCAGUUAGACAAGUUGCUCACCAGUCACAAUGGCCACUCCCAGCGUCAGGUUUGCAGCCUCGACCACUGAAUCCUCAGCACCCACGUUUCCUGGCGCCCCGCGGUCCCCCACCACUUAGGCCCCCACGCCCUAGUGAAGUACCUUCGCAGAUCCCUUCGCCAUCGGUUUACUCUGUACGAAGUGGCGAGGCUCCACCCAGCGUGAACAUUAACCCAAACCCGUAUCCUUACCCAACAAGGCAGGCGAGGUCAUUCUCGCAUCCAAACCCGCAUCACCAGUCACAGCUUCCUCGUCCCUCGACCAGCGAUGGAUCCACCAGUCCCACGAGUACCGUGGACUUGAAUCCCCGCAUUUCGAUCACAACGGAUGACCUUUUCAGACACUCGACUUACUCUGCUGCUUCGUCGAUUCCCGCCAUGGCUCCGAUCCCUCCUCGAGAGCCACCUUUGCCACCAGCUCAACCUCGACGUCCACCUGGUGGAUUGAAUGCUGGCCCUCCAGGUGCGCGAAGCAGCCGGGCCCGUAGAUCAUCCGUGUCCCCGAUCCCAGAGGAGAUCCCUGAUCCCCGUCAUACGCUGGGGUCCUUUGCCUCCAGUCGAGCUAUCCCAUAUAGCUGGGGAUCAGGGCCUCCCCAGUCAGAUAUCCUGGAAGGGUAUCUAGACGACGAGUCUUCGGAGGAGUCGAGCGAUGAGGAAGACGAACAGGAGACACAGGCCGAAAGACAAGAAGAAGACGCCUAUCCCGUGCGUAGUGCCAGCGUUGGCAAGAGACAAAGACCGACAAUGCGUACGAUCAUGAAGUCGAACCCGGCAUCCGAAGUGUCGAUUCCAGAUAUGCCCGAUCUCACACCCGCACACACCACGGAAGAGUCUAUUCGAGAUAGUCACGUCACGGGGACAGCAACUACGGCGACGGUAGGCGUACUGAGAGUAGUGAAUGCUACCCCUACCCCCACUCGUACCGAGAUUCGCACUCCCAGCCCUGUACGCCGGGGAUCGAUCUCUUCACUGUCUGGAGAGUCUUGCGUGGAUCCCGAGAAGCCGCGUUUCGCCAAACAGGAAGAUCAUACGUUUCGUGGUGCCUUGGAAAAGGAGAUUGAGGCUCUGCCUCUCGCUGCACCGACUAUGAGUGACAAGAGACCAAAUGGACGCAAACCUCCCCGUCUGGACAUGAACGCCGUCCGAGACGCAGAGCAACGUGGAAGUCUCUCAAGCUUGUCGGAUCUCAUUCGACGGGCUACUCGCCUUGCCUCAAAUCUGGACCGCGGGAAGACCGCCAGUCGGGCUGACCUUGUCGGUGCAGACAUGCGACAAAUAGGACACCGACCUCGCAACUCCGGAUCCCUCUCCGAUAUCCUGGCAUCAUUCCCUAACCCAACACCCGACGGACACAGCUCCUGGCCCGUAUUCUUCGGCCGCUCCAAUCUGCGCAAUGUCGAACCGCUCGCCUCCCACGACGACAACCCCGAGACUGCCCCCAAACCCGCCCGCCGAUGCUGCGGUUUGCCUCGAAAGUGGUUCAUCAUCCUCUGCAUCCUCAUCUUCAUCAUCGUCGUUCUCGCCAUUCUCCUCCCAGUCUUCCUGGUCGCCGUGCCCGCCCAAAACGCAGCCGACAAGUCUUGCUCGCACACCACACCAUGCCAAAACGGCGGCGUCAGCGUCUCCAGCGGCUCCGAGUGUUCCUGCGUAUGCGCCGAGGGAUACAUGGGUGUCCAGUGCAGCGUUGUGGGCGACAGCAUAUGCGUGACGGCCGAAGUGAACAACGGCAGCAUCGACAAGAACGCGACCAUGGGCAGCUCCAUCCCGACUCUACUUGCGCAAUCGGACUCGAAGUUCGGCAUCGAACUUGACGCCGUCACCAUCAUGGCCCUCUUCAGCUUAAACAACGUUACGUGUUCGAGCGAGAACAAGCUGGUGGCUUUUAGCGAGGUGGACCGCAGCAGCAGCAGCAGCGAUAACGCCCGUCGCGCGAUCCUCGUCGAAACCGAUACGCCCGAAUCAAGUGACGAAAAAGUCACCCGAACACCAUCCAAGGUGGCCGGGUUGAACGGUGUAUCGCACGUGGAGCAUGCGCGCGCGAUGAAAACCUCCAACGGCAUCCUAUACGACUCUGGAACUGGAACCAGUUCGUCCAGUACCGCUGACGAAUCCACGGCAACCACCACGAGUUCGUCCACGGCAACCACGACCGGCACCGGAGCCACAGCCACAGCCACGGCGACCAGUGUUCCAUCAGGGGUCGUGGAGUUCUCGCAGGUGGCGGUGCUUUAUAUUCUGGAAAAGACCGGGUCGAUGUCCAUGGCGCAACAAUCUGAGUCGGAGAUCCAGGAUUACCUGGUUGAUGGGUACAAUUCUGCGUCGCACCCGACUGUGGAGGUACUAGGAUGGUAUGGGAUUGAUUUUAGCAACAAGACCAUCACCGCGGGGUGA